UCACAGCAUCCACUCACACCAAUUACCCAGCCUCCUUUUUCAUUGGAUACAGUCCUAAUCAGGAGGUAUAAAUCUCCUAGCUUUUCACACACAGACCCAGGAAGUGAGCAAGCCCCACAGGGGUGAAACAUGUUUUCCAUUCCAAUGGGUCCUGUUUUGUCCAACUGCAAGUGAUUCACUCCUAGCCUCAGGAAGGACACUGGCUGUGGGGAGAGAGGACAGGUGAGGCGUACGAGGCGUGCAAGGAUUAUACAGGUACAGGACAACGCAUUUCCCCUCCUGAUACUGACAGGACCAUGAGCGUCCUCCCAGUGAUGUCACUGGCGGCCUCCUUCCUCAGCGUGCUCCUCUUCCUCCUCUCGCUCCUCUUCCUCCUCUCAUUCUGGAGAAAGCAGAAGAAAUACCAGUUCCUACCCCCAGGACCAGCUCCGCUCCCUCUUCUGGGGACCCCCAAAUAUGUCGGUGACCGAGCUGCCUGCAAACACUUUCCAGAGCUGCAUAAGAAGUAUGGUCCAAUGUUCACGAUAUGGAAGCUGACAGAGCCUGUGGUGGUUCUCUGGGGCUAUGAGGUGGUGAAAGACGCUUUGUUGAAUCAUGGUGAUAAGUUCAGCGGCCGCCCGUCCGCACCAGUGAUUGAUCGCUACUCGGAAGGAUACAGUUUCCCCAGCAUCGGUGGGGAGAGGUGGCGCCAGCUGCGCAGAUUCACAAUAGCCUCACUCAGGAAUUUUGGGAUGGGGAAGAAAGCCAUGGAGAAACGGGUGUUGGAGGAGUCGCAGAGUCUCAUCCAAGCUGUGUCACAAACAGGAGGGAAGCCCUUCAACCCUAUUAACCUCCUGGGCUGUGCUGUAGGAAACAUCACCAGCUAUGCACUUUUGGGGGAGCACUUUGAUUAUAAGGACCCAAAGUUACUGGAACUUAUUAUCACUACAAGAAAGUUUAUAUUCAACACUCACUCGCCUUUACAUGAGCUCGGUAACACCUUCCCGAUUCUCCUGAACAUGCCGAUUCUCAAGCAGAAGAUCUUCAAGGAGAGCUCGGAGCUAAUGACGUUUGUGACAAGUUACAUCAAGCAGCACAAGCAGACGCUGAACCCUGCGUCACCCAGAGAUUUCAUCGACUACUUUCUGAUCAAGAUCAAAGAGGAGGAACAUCUGUCUGGGGGCAACUUCAGCGAGACCAGCCUCCUGAUGACGCUCAUAGCACUGCUUGCAGCUGGGACUGAAACCACAACCUCCACCCUGAACUUCUCUCUGGUUGUCAUCAGCAAUUACCCAGACGUACAAAGGAAAGUCCAGCAGGAGAUUGAUGAGGUGACGGAGUCACUGCGCCCACCUGGGAUCAUGGACCGGGCACAGAUGCCGUACACUAACGCCGUGGUGCACGAGGUACAGAGGGUCUUAGACCUGGCGCCUACGGCUCAUUACCACACGGUGACCGAGGAUACUCAGUUCCGAGGAUACACUCUCCCUAAGGGAACGACAGUGAUUCCAUUCAUUUCAUCAGUGCUCUCUGACCCCUCCCAGUGGGAGACCCCCAAUGAUUUCAACCCGGGGCACUUCCUCGAUGACAAGGGGCAGUUCCGCACAAGACCAGCGUUUAUGGCGUUUUCUGCAGGGAAACGUAUCUGUGCUGGAGAGAACCUGGCUCGUAUGGAGCUUUUCCUGCUCUUCUCUGCGCUGCUCCAGAAAUUCACCUUCUCCCAGCCCCCCGGAACCCCGCGCCAGGACUGCAGAACUCUGAAACAGAACAAGAUUAAAAACCUGUUUUUCUCCCAGCUCUGCGCUACACCUCGCCCCCUGUCACCCUAGGGACUGUCCUCUGCGGCUCGCCCAAGGAGCAACCACUCAAUGUGUAUGUCCACCAGGCAUGUGAUGUCCCUCAGGUGGCCAAGAAGAGGAUUUGUGGCUCAUCGGCCUCUAGGACAAACCAUUUAUUGUAAUAUAUACCAAUCAAUUACUGUAAAUUAGGAAUAGUCUUUUCUUUAGUGUAUCCCAGCCCCAUCCCCCACCCACAGUGACCUAGUAGAAGUAACUCCAUUAGGGCUCUAUGUACUAAGCCUUGGAUGGAGGUAAAGUUCCAGCCAAUCAGCUCCUGACUGCCAUGUUACAGGCUGUGUUUGAAAAAUGACAGUUAGGAGCUGGUUGGCUGGUACUUUACCUCCAUCCACUUUAUCUCUCUCCAAGACUUAGUAAAUAGACCCCUUAUUCUGAAGACUUAAGGGAGAUGGGGUAAGAGGGAGGGGGAGGUAGCUGUGUGGACAGCAUGGUCAGGUGGCUGUUUUAUCAUUUCUGUAUGUUUUACAUUAUUUGGAAAUCACUGAGGAAAGUUUAAUAAACUGAAAUGUUGGA